AGUUUAGGAAUAAAUUGCUUGGGUGGCUCCACAGAAACCAAUAAAGAAUUACACCUCUUUACAAUGUGUACACAGCAGCACAGAUAAGCGAAUUGCAUGAGAACAGAGAUGUUGGCUAUUCAGAUACAAUCAAGGCCUUAUCAGUGUCAUAUGCUAUGCUGUGAGAAAGACAGCGUCAGGAGUGCUGGUGCAGAACUAGGAUUCCGGCUUCCAGAUCAUCCUGGAUUGACUCAUAGGGUUUAUUGGGGAAUAUUCUGUGGUUGGUGAGAAGUUGGUAGGUAGAACUUCAGCCAGAACUUCGAUUAUUAUUUUGAGUUGUAACAGUUGUCUUUAACUUUGUCAGCUCACAAUAAUGAAGCUUUGUGAGCCCAUGAUGGAUAUGGAUAUGCCUGAUUACACUGAAACCCUGGAUUCUUCUUAUAGCAUGCUUGAGCUCGAUAACCUGAGGGUACUGCCACCAAAUAACGAGAGUGUUCCAACAGAUGUCAACCACAUCGAAGUGUUGAUGAACAACGGUGUUACAGCCUUGUGCUUAAUCUGUGGCGACCGUGCGACAGGGAAACACUACGGAGCUUCCAGCUGCGACGGGUGCAAAGGUUUCUUCAGGAGAAGCGUUCGUAAAAAUCACGUCUACUCAUGCAGGUUUAGCAGGCAGUGCGUGAUCGACAAGGACAAAAGAAACCAAUGUCGAUACUGCAGACUCAAAAAGUGCUUCAGGGCUGGGAUGAGAAAGGAAGCUGUACAGAAUGAACGGGACAGAAUCAGCAUCCGCAGAACAAACUAUGAAGAUGUCGGCUCCCUCUGUAUUGCUACACUAGUACAAGCAGAAGCAAUGUCUUGUCAGAUUGCUGCUUUAAAUCCUGUGAAUAUUGCUGAAAUUGCAAUGAAGAGGAUCGCAACUAUUAAUGAUGUCAGUGAGUCCAUGAAACAACAGCUGCUUGUGCUAGUGGAAUGGGCAAAGUAUAUCCCUGCCUUCUGUGAAUUGCUACUGGAUGACCAGGUUGCACUACUCAGAGCUCACGCUGGUGAACACUUGCUGCUGGGAUUGGCCAGGCGGUCAAUUCCCUACAAGGAUAUUCUCUUGCUCGGAAAUGACUUCAUAAUUCCCAGGCACUGCCCAGAGUUGGAGAUUAUGAGGGUAGCCAACAGGAUCCUCGAUGAGCUGGUGAAACCUUUGCUCGACCUCCAGAUAGACGAGAAUGAGUUUGCUUGUCUCAAGGCUGUGGUCUUCUUCGAUCCAGAUUGCCGGGGUGUAACCGAUUCAGCAAAAAUCAAAAACAUGCGAUUCCAAGUGCAAGUCAACCUGGAGGAUUAUAUAAACGAUCGGCAGUACGACUCCAGGGGGCGGUUUGGCGACAUUCUAUUGCUUCUUCCACCUCUGCAAAGCAUUACGUGGCAGAUGAUUGAGCAGAUUCAGUUUGCAAGACUCUUUGGAGUAGCUAAAAUUGACAGCCUUUUGCAGGAAAUGCUCUUGGGAGGGUCUACAGCAGAGGUAACACAGUACUCACACUCUGGACAUACCAGUAUUGUUCACAAUCCAUUAGGUCAACAUACAGUGAUAUCAUCUGGAAUGUCGCCAGCCAUUCAAGUUCAACUCUCCUCUCCAGAAACUCCCCUGCCAUCUCCAUCUUCAGGUUCUGGAAAUGAAGAAUAUAAAUUGCGCCCUGUCAGUCUAAUCCAAGCUCAUUCUGUGUCUAUGCUCGCUCAGACCCUUAUUCCCAAACAGGAAAUAUUGUAAAAACAAUUGGGUGAGGUUCCACGAUGUCUUGAUGUAAACUCUUCCAACUUACUGCAAGCACUUCUACAAAUCAUGACUGACAUUAAAUAUGUGUUGAGCUGUUGCAUACUCAGAUUGCAAAUAACAUGAUCAAGCAUUAUCAUCUCUUUACACUUUAGUAACAUGCAGUAUAUUGAAAUCAAAUGUAAAAUGUUCCAAGAUUACCUGAUAUGUAUCUUAAAUGUUGUGGUAAAUUGGAGAUAAACUAUUAACAUAGAAGAGUACAGCACAAGAACAGGCCCUUCAGCCUAGAAUUUCUGUACCACACAUGUUACCAAGUCCAAUUUUUAUCUGCCUGGCCAUAAUCCAUAUCCCUCCAUUCCCUGCAUAUCCAUAUGCCUCUCCAUAAGUCUCUUAAAUACCACCUUCAUAUCUGACCCAACCACUACCUCUGGCAAGGCAUUCCCGGCACUCACUACCUUCUGUGUAAAAAUACAUCCUGCACAUCUCCUUUAAACUUUCCUCCCUCACCUUAAAGCUGUGCCCUCUGAUAUUUUUUAUUUUUUUAUCUUGGGAAAAGGUUCUGAGUGUCUAUCAUCCCAUGCCUUUCAUAAUUUUAUAUAGUUCUAUCGGGUCUCCCUGAUUCCUCUAGCAUUUCAGAGAAAACAAUCCAAGUUUGUCCAACAGCUCCCUGUAGCUAAUAUCCCCUAAUCCAGAAAUCAUUCUGGUAAACCUUAUGCAGUCUCAAAGAUCACAGCAUUUCAGGGGGAUAAUUUGUAACUACAAUUAUUAGGCCCCCUUCGGUCAUGGCUGACCAUGGGUGUCUCCAGGGUGUCAUUCCCUAUAUGGAGAACGCCAGGGCGUGAUUUUGUUUAACGUGGGUAGACUGGUGCACAGACAGCCACCCUACGGUCCUUGACAGAUCUGGGUCAGGAUCCAGUGGCAUGGAAUCCAAGACGACCAGAGACCCUUUUCUGCUGCAGCCUUCAUCCGCCUUCCCAGCCGUUGUGACGCUCCACUAAGGUCAGCUAUCGUCCUCCGCCUGUUCCACCGUUGAGGUCUUGGUUGGAUUGUUCUGUGUCAGAGACCUCUCCCUCAAACUUACUGCCCUGGGUGGCCCUACCAGGAGCACAGCUCCAGACGGCAUCGCUCUCAGGAUCUCAGGUCCACACAUGCUUCUCCACCACGACAAGGUGACAACUACAAUAAGGUUAUUAACAAUAGGUGCAGAAUUAGGUCAUUCGGCCCAUCAAGUCUACUCCGCCAUUCAAUCAUGGCUGAUCUAUCUCUCCCUCCUAUCCCCCUUCUCCUGCCUUCUCCCCAUAACCCCGGCACCUGUACUAAUCUAUCUCUGCCUUAAAAAUAUCCAUUGACCUGGCCUCCCCAGCCUUCUGUGGCAAAGAAUUCCACAGAUUCAACAUCCUCUCAAAUGCUCGCAAAUGUCCUCGUGAACUAUUUUUCAAUCCCACUGCUUGAAUGAAGUCACAUCCGUGAAUACUAGCACCCAGAACAAAAGUGCCACAAACUUUCUGUAUCUGUCUUUGCUGAAAGUCUCUCUCAAAAUUGUGACUGGAUUUUUAGAGGCAG